AGCGGGAGCUGGGAGCGGGCGGCCGGCCGGGCUCGGGCCGGGGGUCUGGGGGAGCGGCCCCACCAGGCUUCGCCAUGCUCGGGGCCCGAGGCGGGUGGCGGGCCCUCCGCCGCUGCGCCUCCCUGCCGCGGCCCCUGCGGCUGCGGGUGCGCGAGGCGCUGGGGGCGCGGGAGCCGGCGGACGCGGUCAGAGUGCAGGGCUGGGUCCGCUCUGUCCGAUCCCAGAAGGAAGUUUUGUUCCUGCACAUAAAUGAUGGGAGUUCUCUGGAAAGCCUCCAGGUGGUUGCUGAUCCCAGCCUGGAAAAGAGAGACCUGACUUUUGGAAGUGCAGUGGAAGUUCAAGGGAAGCUUGUCAAAAGCCCUCAUAGGAUGCAAAACAUGGAGCUGCAAGCUGAAACCAUUCGUGUAGUGGGACCUUGUGAUAUUUGGUCGUUUCCCCUGAAGAUGAAGGAGAGGCACCCUCUGGAGUAUGUCCGACAGUUCCCCCACCUGCGCUGCAGGAGCAACAUGCUGGGCGCCCUCCUGCGAAUCCGCAGCGAAGCCACUGCGGGCAUCCACUCCUUCUUCCAGGAUAAUGGAUAUGUGCAUAUUCAUACCCCCAUAAUUACAUCCAAUGACUGUGAAGGUGCUGGGGAACUCUUUCAAAUUGGGACAUCAAGUGAGGCAAAGGAAUCUGCAGAAAAGACCCAUUUCUUCAAUGUGCCUGCCUUCCUGACAGUUUCUGGCCAGCUCCAUUUGGAAGUAAUGGCAGGUUUUACAGAGCUCAUGAGCAACCUCCAAGCUGUGGCUGGAAAAGGCUGGAAAGGGGAGGUAUGGAGAAGACUUACCAGGGCUUUUACUCACGUGUUCACCUUUGGCCCAACGUUCCGAGCGGAAAACUCACAGAGUCGCCGGCACCUGGCAGAGUUCUAUAUGGUGGAGGCUGAGCUGUCCUUCACUGAAAGCCUUCAGGACAUCAUGCAGGUUAUGGAAGAUCUCUUCAAGACAGUGACAAGCACUGUGCUCUCCAAAUGUGCUCAUGAUGUUGAGCUUUUUCAUAAAUACAUAGCUCCUGCACAGAAGGGCAGGCUGGAACAAAUACUGAAGCACAAAUUUAUGAUAAUUUCCUACAGUGAAGCAGUGGAAAUUUUGAAGCAAGCUCCUCAAACUUUCACUUUCAAGCCAGAGUGGGGCUGUGACCUCCAAACGGAACAUGAGAAGUACCUGGUGAAGCACUGUGGUGAGGUUCCUGUGUUUGUGGUUAACUACCCAUAUGACCUCAAACCUUUCUACAUGCGGGACAAUGAAGAUGGACCUCAGCACACAGUUGCAGCUGUUGAUCUCCUUGUACCAGGAGUAGGGGAGUUGUGUGGAGGCAGCUUGAGAGAGGAGCGACUGCCCUUCCUCAAAUCACGCUUACAGAGAUUAGGACUCACAGAUGCCUAUCAAUGGUAUCUAGACCUGCGGAAAUUCGGAUCAGUUCCUCAUGGAGGCUUUGGAAUGGGGUUUGAACGCUACCUGCAGUACAUCUUGGGAGUUGACAAUAUCAAAGAUGUUAUUCCUUUCCCCAGGUUUUCUCACUCCUGUCUCCUGUAGCUCAGCAGCUGACUCACAUGGAGAAAACUGCUGGCAUAACUAUGUGUAUAUAACAUACCAGGAUAUGACUGAGUGUGUUUUAGUAGGAAAUCAAGAUAAUUUUUAUAUCAAUGAAACUCUUGGUCAAUUUAAUGUGGGAUAUUGAAAAUAACAUAUGUUCUGGUGAGAUUAUAGAAGGACACUGGCAGUUAAUUUGAUAGCAGCUUGUGUCUUCAGUGCACUUCGGGACUAUUAAUAAAUCCCACUAAACUAAAGGGUUACGAUUCUCAUGAGACUAGUACAAGCCAUGGAAGUACUGAUCAAGCAUCGUUGCAAGGCAGCAGGGGGUUUUAUGUGAAAUACUAAUAAGGAAGUGUGGCCUAAAAUAUUGUCAUGGCUGUGAUGCACUUGCUGUCAUGAAAUGGCUGCUGCAAAGCAUGAUUCUCCCCACUCCAAGUUAAAAGCAAAUAUUGUUUACCUUGAAAAAAUCAGCCAAACCUAGCAAGGAACAAUGUCAUAUUGGAACUGCCGGAGGGAGUUUGGUGAAUUGAUGUUUGAUUUUGUGAAUCAUCAAUAAAGAUGUACACUGGGUUGUUUUAUAA